AUGCGCGGCCAAACGAGGACGGCCACGCGUCGGCGGUCAUCGCGCGUCCGCCCGACACCUCCCUCGCCGUCUCCGUCUCCGUCUCCGUCUCCCUCGCCUUCGCCCUCACUCUCCGGCGGCAGCGACUCCGAGCCUCGGCCCGCCAAGCGCCGCAAGACCACCACCACAACCUCAUCCUCCGCCGCCUACCGCGCCAUCCUGCACUCCUCCUCCUCCUCCUCCUCCUCCUCUUCCCUCCCGCCCAGUCUCCCCCCUCUCCGCCGACACACGCUCUCCUACCACUCCCCUCUCCUCCUCUCCUCCGCCCCUUCCCGCGCUUCCCUCCUCUCCUGGUUCGACUCCGUCAGCCACGCCCGCUCCAUGCCCUGGCGCAAGCCCUUCCUCGACCCCUCCGCCUCCGCCUCUCCCACCGCCCUCCGCGAUGCGCUCGCCCGCCGCGCCUACGAGGUCUGGAUCUCCGAGGUCAUGCUGCAGCAGACGCGCGUCGCCGUCGUCGUCGACUACUUCACGCGCUGGACCGCCCGCUGGCCCACCGUCCACGCCCUCGCCGCCGCCUCCCCCGACGACGUCCUCGCCGCCUGGCGCGGCCUGGGCUACUACUCGCGCGCCACGCGCCUGCACGCCGCCGCCAGGCUCGUCGUCGCGGACAUGGACGGCCUGCUGCCCUCGGACCCGGCGGAGCUGGCGGCCAAGAUCCCCGGCGUGGGACGGUACACGGCGGGCGCCGUGGCGAGCAUCGCGUUUGGGAGACCGGCGGCCAUGGUCGACGGGAACGUGCUGCGCGUGCUGAGCAGGCAGCUGGGGCUGCGCGGGGAUGUCAAGAAGGAUAGGGUGGUGGUGGACAUGAUCUGGGACGCGGCGGAGGCGCUGGUCAAUGCCGUGGCGCUGGACGGGGAGGAGGAGGAGGCCGAGGUGACGGCGGAGGAGACGAGGAGCGAUAGACCAGGACGAUGGGGGCAGGCGCUGAUGGAGCUGGGGAGCACCGUGUGCGCGCCGAGGCCGCGCUGCGGCGAGUGUCCUGUCACGGAGACCUGUCGCGCCUACGCCGAGGGUCGGGCGCUGGGCACCAGCAAGCCGGGAAGGCAGGCCGGGGACGUCGUCGCCGACAUGGAGGACCUGUGCACCGUGUGCGAGCCGCUCGACGACAUCCAAGACCAGCAGCAGCAGCAGCAGCAGCAGCAGCCUCCCGCCACCACUAUCAAAGGCGGCAAGCAAGCGACGCUCUCGCCCUUCUUCGGCAAGCCAGCGCCCGCCAAGCUCGACAUCGAGGCCAUCGUCCAACACGCGCAGCGCUUCCCCGUCAAGUCCAUCAGGAAGGCCGUGCGCGAGGAGUCGACGCUCGUGUGCGCCGUCGUCCGCGACGACGGACGCUUCCUGGUGCGUAAACGCCCGGCCAAGGGCCUUCUGGCCGGUCUGUGGGAGCUUCCGAGCGCCGCGCUUGACCAUGGCCCGAGGAGGACGACCGACGCGAGUCGGCGAAGCCAGCUAGCCAGGGAUUUUGUCGCUGAGAUGCUGCAAGGCGAAGAGGUCGAGCACGUUGGCGAGCUCGGGAGCGUGCCGUGGCUAUUCUCGCACAUCAAGCUGACGAUGCAUGUGCACCUGUUCAGGAUGGAGGGGACCGGGGAUGUCGGCGUCGGAGGACCAGGCAAGGGCCGGUGGUCGGAUGAUGUGGACGGCGAGUCCAUGGGCACGGGUAUGCGCAAGUGUUGGGACUUGGUCAAGGUGGCUGUAUAG